GUCUUGAUCGUCUUUCCGCUUUAAACGUUUCUCUGCUCCCAAACAAACUAAUUUUCUUUCCUUGUGAAUCCAAUUUUCUUUGAAUCUUUGUCCCUUUCUUCUCUAAGAUUCAUCGAAAUUCCAGCAGAAAGAUUCAAAGUUUUGAUAACUACUACUCUUUUUCAUUUCUUUAAAGAUAAACUAGAUCUCCACUCUCCAAAGAAUCUCACACUUACCAAAGAAAGAAUGCUCUUCAAGACUAUCAAGAAGAAAAUGUGGAUGUUUUCUCACUAAAUUAUCUCCAUGUCCCUUGAACCCAAAAUUUGUCCUUUUUGCGGUAUGGAAGUCAUGUUCAUAGUCUCAAGAAUCACUAACAAGGCUGUUAAACAACAAAAUUUUCCUCUUCAAAAGCUUUCCUUCUGGUUCGCUCCCACCACUCGUCCUCCAGGCUAACGCUGCUCCACUUUCGGCUCAUAAAACUGACAAGAUAACAUAUACAGCCUCUCUUCUUCUUAUAAUUCUUCUUGCAAUGGCUGCCUACUAUUAUAAGUCUAACUCUUCAUCAUCUGGGUACGGUUAUUUUAGCUCGUUGGAUCCAUUUUCGCGUAGUUUAGAAGGUUUUAAUGGGGUUCUACAAGAUGGGUCGAUGGUCUCGCAGGCUUUGGUGUUGGAUAAUGAGAAGGGAGAACUCGUAAAAGCACCGGCUACGAGAGUCGGGAAGAAAGGGAUGUCUGAGGCCAAGGCUCUGGCAGCUCUGAAGAGCCAUAGUGAGGCAGAGAGGAGAAGGAGAGAGAGGAUCAAUGCUCAUCUGGCUUCCCUACGAGGUCUUGUUCCCUGCACCGAAAAGAUGGACAAAGCCACAUUGCUUGCUGAAGUUAUUAACCAAGUAAAAGAACUGAAAAAGAAUGCACUAGAAGCCAGUAAAGGUCUUCUAAUUCCAAUGGAUGAUGAUGAAGUGAAAGUUGAAACAUAUGACAAUGGAUCAGGAGAUGAAACUUUAUCCUUUAAAGCAUUCAUAUGUUGUGAUUAUCGACCUGACCUUCUGUCUGACAUUAGACAAGCAGUUGAUUCCCUUCAAUUGAAAAUGGUGGAUGCAGAAAUAUCUACCUUAGGAGGCCGGCUAAAGGUUCUGCUUUUUCUAACCAGCUGCAGAAAUAAGAAUGCUGUUGAUGAUCAUGAGGCAUCACAGCUUCUCACAAAUUCUAUUCACCAGUCCCUGAAAUCUGUCCUGGAGAAAGGCUCUAUCUCACCUGAAUAUUCACCAAGAACAACACUUCCAAGCAAGAGAAGGAGGGUGACUUUCUUUGACUCCUCCAGCUCUUCUUCUUAAGAGCCAAAAUCUUGUUGCUGUUGGUGGUGAUGUGCAUAUUCCCAUAAGGAGAUUAAUGUCUCAGUUUGUGUAAAAAUGUUUGAAAAGACUUGUGAUGCUACAUACAAGUAAUAUUUGCAGGAGUGAUUAAUGACAAAGCUGCAGCCGCCUUGAGUAUUAAGAUUGGUGGUUUCAUCUUUGUAGUUGUAGGCAUAUGGUUGUACUGUAACUUUAUUAAAAGGUUAAUUAAACUCCUAACAUUAUGAUAUAACAUAGUUUUAUUGUAAUCUUUAUUAUGGUGGAUCCUAUAUAGUUUCUAUCAUAAUUAAUGAUUAUAAUUAAAUCGUUGUAUUGUAUUAAAUAAAAAUUCACUUUGCUCUCUUAUAUAAAAUUGGAUUAUAAUAAAAAUUUUACUUAAAUAAAAA